AUGGAUGUCGUCAAAGCUGUACAAAAUUAUGUUAGUAAAAUGGUCAAUGAAGUGUCGGGAAUGAAGGUUCUAUUACUUGAUAGUGAAACGACACCAAUUAUAUCAAAUGUCAUGACUCAAUCUACUCUUCUCUCACACGAAACAUAUCUCGUCGAUCGAAUUGAAAAUCGAAAUCGUGAUAGAAUGCGUCACUUGAAGUGCGUUUGUUUUCUUAGACCUACCAAUGAGACACGACAGCUCUUGAUCGAAGAAUUAAAGGAUCCUUGCUAUGGCGAUUAUUAUUUAUACUUUAGUAAUACUUUAAAAAAAUCGGCUAUCGAACGAUUAGCAGAAGUGGAUGAGCAUGAAGUUGUUCGUGAGGUUCAAGAAUAUUAUGCUGAUUAUUGCGCAAUAAAUCCUGAUUUUUAUUCACUCAAUCUUGGUCCUCCUAAUUAUCCAUUAUAUGGCGAUUCUCCUACAUCUUGGGACGGAAAAACAUUUCAAAGAGCCGUGGAAGGAGUAUUGUCCGUGUUACUUUCCUUGAAGAAAAGGCCUGCGAUCCGUUAUGAGGGCAAAAGUGCAAUGGCGAAAAAAUUGGCCCGGGAAGUACAAUUACAAAUUCAACAAGAAGGGCAAUUAUUUACUUGGCGACGGACUGAUACGCCACCAAUUCUACUUAUAUUGGAUCGCAGAAAUGAUCCAGUUACUCCUUUACUCUCGCAAUGGACGUAUCAGGCAAUGGUACAUGAAUUACUUGGGAUAAAUAACGGUAGGGUGGAUUUGUCGGAGGUCCCCGAUAUAAGGCCAGAAUUGAAGGAAAUUGUACUUUCUAGAGAUCAAGAUCCUUUUUAUAAAAAGAACAUGUAUCUGAACCUUGGUGAUCUUGGUGCGAAUAUCAAAUCAUAUGUUGAAGAAUAUCAGUCGAAAACAAAAUCCAGUAUGAACAUUGAUUCGAUUGCGGAUAUGAAACGAUUUGUGGAAGAAUAUCCAGAGUUUAGAAAAUUGUCCGCAAAUGUUAGUAAACAUGUCGCCUUGGUUAGUGAGUUGAGUCGAUUGGUGGAGAAGGAAAAGCUAUUGGAAGUUAGUGAACUUGAACAGAGUUUGGCAUGUUAUGAUCAGCAUGCAAAUGAUUUGAAGAAUUUACAAAAACUUCUUCAAAAUACAAACGUAACUGAAGACAGUAAAAUACGUUUGGUCCUUCUUUAUGCAUUACGAUAUGAAAAAUCUCAAAAUAAUGCGAUUGCUUCACUAAUUGAUAUAUUACAUCGUAAUAAUGUCAGCGUACAGAAAAUAUCGUUGGUUCAAUCAAUGAUGGAAUUUGCUGGCGCGGAUAAAAGACAAGAUGACUUGUUUGCAAGAGAAGGCUUUUUCGCGCGAAGUAAAACCGUAUUUAAAGGCUUGAAGGGUGCAGAGAAUGUAUACACGAUGCAUUCACCGCAACUAGCCCAGACCCUUGAACUUAUGAUCAAGGGUAAAUUGAAAGAGACCAGCUACCCAUUUAUCGAAGAAGCUACAAAGGACAGGCCACAAGAUAUCAUUAUAUUCAUGGUUGGUGGUGUAACUUAUGAAGAGGCACGUUAUGUUGCUCAAUUAAAUGAAUCCACAGCUGGAGUUCGGCUAGUUUUGGGUGGUACUUGUGUGCAUAAUAGUACAAGUUUUUUGAACGAGAUUCAAGACGCAUUUUUCCGAUUUCCAACUAUUGGCGGAUUGGCGGGGCGAGCUGCACGGUCCGGACGUACGCCUAAACAACGAGCCGUAUAG